UGUCUGACCCCGAGAACCGAUGACGCAAUGAGCUCAACGGUAACAUUUGUUGGUCCUCAUUUACGUCUUGACUACGGUAAUGCGCUUAAUCCAAUCAAGCGCCGCCCCGCUGACACCUGGAUCCGCCCCCGCUUCGCCACGGGGGUCCCCGACAACGACGGGGAGUGCUGACAGUCUCAUCACCUAUUCCAUCAUGCAGUUGCCCUAUCCCACGUCCUUUCAUUAUGCUUACUCUGACUCCGAUGCACAGUCAAGUGCAAUGCAAACGCCGAUGGAAUCCCCAGUCUAUCCGAAUGCUUACCCCUAUCAGCAACAACAACAAAGUGAACAAUGUGUCAAGAGAGAGAAGAGGAAGUACCGUUGCCGUAAAAGGAGUCCGGCCACGAUUGAAAGAGCUCGCAUGAUACGACGAGAUAAGGCAAAUGCUCGUGAACGACGUCGCAUGAACAAUCUAAACGAUGCAUUGGAACAUCUGAGGACGAUUCUUCCUGUAGUACCCGAUGAGCCAAAGCUGACGAAAAUUGAAACAUUGCGAGUCGCUCAAGGAUACAUUACCUACUUGUCAUCGAUAUUGGGAAACGAAAGCUAUCCUUCUACAACGGAAAAUACGCCUUUCACAAGUCCAGCAUACCCUCAGCCAGCAUGGCAAAGCAACUCGGCUAAGCAGUAGUUUUUUCUCCUGAUAUUGUACAUAGACACCAUUGUCACUUAUUCUG